AUCGAGCUAAAGAACGAAGAGAAGAUCAGAAUCCUGAUUAUGAAUCCAGCGAGCUGGGUUUUCAUGCGGUUGCCCCUCCUGGGACUGUCGACAUUCGGGCGGCUGAUGCACACAAGUUAUCCAUUGAGAAGAGCAAGUACCUUGGAGGUUCGUUCCAGUAGAAUGAGGUUUUUCAGUUUGUGUUUUUUAACUUUGUAAAAUUAGGAACUGUUCUUCCUUUGCAUCCAAUUCAGAAUCGGGUGGAUAUAUUUAAAUUUGGGGUGGCGGUGGGGGGUGACUAAUCAAUAGUGUGUUCUACAAGUACAACUCGCCCUUUUCCCUCCUUGCUGGUCCAUUAGCGAUUGGAUUGUGGCCUUUCAGAGGAGUUCUUAAUCAUUAAUUAUGCAUUUGGAGUUGCUCGUACCUUGGUAAUAUUUAUAGCUUUUUGGUUGAAGUCUAAACCAGGGGAUAUUCCCAAGCCAUUAUUAUUGUUUUUACUUUAUGUUGUAUUAUUUUUUUGAGCUGCUUUGAUGCAGGGGACGUUGAGCAUACCCACUUGGUGAAAGGUUUGGAUUAUGCCUUGCUCAAUAAAGUAAGAAGUGAGAUUGACAAGAAGCCAGAUUCUGGGGGCGAUGCUGAAGGGAAAGCUAGGUAUCUGAUCGCCACCGCCACCACCCAUUUAUCUCGAUUGUUCAUUUUUUCGAAUGCAGUUAAAGAACUUGAUAAUACUUGUCUUAGAAUCUCUGUUCUUUUUGUGUUUACUUCUCUAUUUCAUCUAAUCCUCGCCUAAUUUAGUUAAAUAUUUAGAAGAUUAUCCAUUCUGUUUGGACUAUGAUGUUUUUCUCAGCAUUCUCUUUUCUUUUAUCGUAAUGACCAUUGAUAAUGAUUUUCUGAAUGCUGAUACUGAAGUACACCCAAGGAAGAUCAACAAGUGUUGUUUCGCACUGCAACAGCAAAGUCAGUAUACAAAUGGAUCGUCAAGCCCCAGACAGUUAUUAAGUCAAAUGAGACAUUCCUUCCUGGAGGGUGGAUAUUCUCAUGAUAUUCCAACUACCUUGCAUAGAAGUAAAGCCGACUGUCCAGUGCCAGAGGAAAUGGUGACCGUCAAUGUUGAUGGUUCUGUACUAGAUCGAAUUGCUAAGAUUAUGUCGUAUCUUCGUCUUGGAUCCUCAGGGAAGGUUCUAAAGAAGAAAAAGAAGGAUAAAGAUGUAAAAGGGAAGAUUUCAGCUAUUGUUAAUGAAUAUGUUGGAAACAACAAGCCAUCAACACUUGAUGCUGGUGUGCCAAAGAAGCAAACGGAAAGAGAGAUGUUGCCCCCUCCACCUCCUCUCAAGAAAAAUCAAAUAGUUUUGAAGGAGAAGCAAGGACCAGUUGUUGCAAGAGUAGAUGAAGAUGAUAUUUUUGUCGGUGACGGCGUUGAUUACACUGUUCCUGGUAAGGACCUGAGCCAGAGUCCUCUUUCAGAAGACAUGGAAGAAUCUCCUCGAAAUAAGGAGAAACCUAGUUAUUUCUCUGAACCUGCUUAUGGUCCUGUCCCACCCUCUGGACCACCUCAAGAAUGGCAAGAAGCAAAUGGUUAUGGGGUGAUGCAACCUCAAGCGUUUCCUGCUGGCUACCAAGGAGAGUGGCAGGAUUACCAGUAUUCUGAUCAACUGGCUUAUUCUGAACAGUACCUUCAGCUCAACAUGCAGGCAUAUGAUAUGCAAACAGGAGUGCAACACGAUCCCCACCUCAUGACUCAAGAAGAGAAAGAUAGGGGUUUAGGGUCAGUAUUCAAGAGAGACGAUCAGAGACUACAGCAACUGAGAGAGAGAGAUGCACGAGAGAAGGAUCCCAACUUCAUAUCAGAGAGUUAUUCUGAAUGUUAUCCUGGAUAUCAAGAGUAUAACCGUGAAAUCGUGGACAGUGACGAUGAAGAUGACUUAUCGAAAAUGGACAUGGGAGGCCGGGCGAAGGGCCGCCUUCACCGAUGGGACUUUGAGACAGAGGAGGAGUGGGCAAAGUACAAUGAGCAGAAGGAAGCGAUGCCAAAAGCUGCGUUCCAGUUCGGUGUGAAGAUGCAAGACGGUCGUAAGACACGAAAGCAAAACAAGGACCAGAAACUCAACAAUGAACUGCACAAGAUCAACAAGAUACUAGCAAAAAAGAAAAUGGAGAAGGACAUGGAUGGGGAUGAUGAUGAUGAUGAUGAUAUACAACCGGGAAAGAAGAUUAGAAUUUGAGUUGAUUGGCAAUGGGAAUGGGAAUGGGAAUGGGAAUGGGAUGAUCCUUAAAAGCAUAGCUGGAAGGUAUAUAAUUUUGAAAAAGGAAAAUAAAGAUGACACCACAAACUUGGUCUUAGUUUCUUUUAACCUUAUUUAAUCUCAUUCUACAAUUGCAUCUUA